UAUUGUUUGUGAGGAGCGAUUUCUUGAAGACCCUGAGGGAGCGAAGAUUAUCUCCUUUAGACCAUCACAGGGCGUUAAACCUAUUAGCUUGUAAAUUCAGAAAGAUGGAACCGUCAGCGAGUCCCGCGAAAGAUAACUACAGGAUGAACCGCUACAAGAACAAAGCACUUAAUCUAGAGGAGAUGCGCCGGAGGCGAGAAGAGGAAGGCAUUCAGCUGAGGAAACAGAAAAGAGAACAGCAGCUGUUCAAGAGGAGAAAUGUGGAGUUGCUGAACGAGGAAGGAGGAAUGUUUGAAAGCUCUCUCAUGGACUCUUAUGUCAGCUCCAGCACGGCAGCAGAAGGAGUGAUAACGAGAGACAUGGUGGAGAUGCUUUUCUCAGACGAUCCUGAACUGCUGCUGGUUAGCACUCAGAAAUUCAGAAAACUACUGUCCAAAGAACCGAACCCUCCCAUCGAUGAGGUCAUCAGCACCCCGGGAGUCGUAAACAGAUUCGUAGAGUUCCUUGAAAAAACCACUGAUUGCACAUUGCAGUUCGAAGCAGCGUGGGCGCUGACCAACAUCGCUUCGGGAACGUCUCAACAGACAAAAUUCGUGAUCGAGGCGGGCGCCGUGCCGGUGUUCAUCAAGCUGCUGAACUCUGAGUUCGAGGACGUCCAAGAACAGGCGGUGUGGGCAUUAGGAAAUAUCGCAGGAGACAGUGCCAUGUGCAGAGACUUCGUCCUGAACUGCAAUAUCCUUCCACCACUCCUAACGCUGCUGACCAAAUCAAAUCGUCUCACAAUGACCAGGAAUGCUGUGUGGGCGCUGUCCAACCUCUGCAGAGGCAAAAGUCCACCACCCGAAUUUGAAAAGGUGUCCCAGUGCCUGCCUGUCCUGUCCCGCCUGCUGUUUAGCAGUGAUCCGGAUCUCCUGGCUGACGCGUGCUGGGCUCUGUCCUACCUCUCAGACGGACCCAACGAGAAGAUCCAGGCCGUGAUCGACUCGGGGGUGUGCAGGCGGCUCGUAGAACUGCUCAUGCACUCCGAUUAUAAAGUGGCUUCCCCGGCUUUGAGAGCCGUCGGGAACAUCGUCACCGGAGACGACAUUCAGACACAAGUGGUACUGAACUGCUCGGCCCUCCCCUGCCUCUUGCACCUACUCAGCAGCGCAAAGGAAUCCAUCAGGAAGGAAGCCUGCUGGACCAUCUCCAACAUCACGGCAGGCAACCGGGCUCAGAUACAGACGGUCAUCGACGCAAACAUCUUCCCCGUGCUGAUAGAAAUCCUCCAGAAAGCUGAGUUCCGAACCAGGAAAGAAGCAGCAUGGGCCAUAACUAACGCCACAUCAGGAGGCACACCUGAGCAAAUCCGGUAUCUGGUGAAUCUAGGCUGCAUUAAGCCCUUGUGUGAUCUGUUGACGGUGAUGGACUCUAAGAUCGUGCAGGUCGCUCUGAACGGACUGGAGAAUAUACUGAGACUGGGAGAGCAGGAGGCCAAGCAGAACUGCAGCGGCCUCAACCCUUACUGCAGCCUGAUAGAGGAGGCCUAUGGCCUGGACAAGAUCGAGUUCCUCCAGAGCCACGAGAACCAGGAGAUCUACCAGAAAGCCUUCGAUCUCAUAGAGCACUACUUCGGCGUGGAGGAGGAAGACGCUAGUCUGGCCCCUCAGGUGGACGAGAGCCAGCAGCAGUACCUUUUCCCCCAGCAGGAGGCCCCGAUGGAGGGCUUCCAGCUCUAAUCGGCCUCCCAGCGCACUCGGUCGGGCGCCGUACGACGCGCCCCGGUCCUUCCCGUAUCAGUACUGCAGGCUGCGUAUCCCAUGUGCCCUCAGCGCAGCCGCACGAGCAGAUUAAUCUAGACCGACCGAGAGGAAGCUCGCUGCUUGCAGAUGAACUUUUACCACUGUUUUCACUCAUACGAGACUUCAGGAGCUGGGUUUUCUUUUUUUUUUUUUUUUCUUUCUUUUUUUUUUUUUAUUCUGUCUUAAUUUACGUAGUGACACUUUUACAGAUUGGCUCUGGCUCAAAAACAAUCCUUUUCUAAGACGACUUAUUUUUUUGAGCGCAUGUUUCCCAACAGAAUCUCAAAAUCUGGUGGUUUCUCCUGUCUUGGUUUUAAUUCCUAUUCGGAGGAUAAAAAACAAGGUGGUUUCUUAGUCAUGGCUUGAUGAUCAGACGAAGGUAAAUAUCUGUCGCUCGCGCUUCACACAGACGUUCUCGAUUGUGCUGUCGUUUUUCUCUCUCCUCCUCUUGAUUUUUUUUAUUUUUUUCUUUAGUGGUCUGAUUUUUAUUUAUUAAUUUUUUUUCAGUUUGGCCUGAAAUUCCUAUCGCCACGAUUUAAAAUCGAUACGGUAAAUCUAAUUCUAUUGGCAGUUUGAAAGGUAGAAUAACUAUUCGUCUACCGUUUGUGGUGUGCGGUGUUCUGAAAACCUAUAGACUUGCUUUCUCAUUCGAUUUAUUCAUUAAAGAAGAAGAGUGUGUAGCGUUAGUGUUGGGGGUUUUCGCAAAGCUUUAGCACAAAGUUGAGUCAUUCGGGUGUGUGCGCCGUGUGUGUGUUUCAGCGCUUGCGCACCGACACAGCCGCAUUCUGCUUUCCCUUUAAGUAGUUUGGGCUUUGGUUUAUUUUUCUUUACUUUUUGGUAAAACAUAGAUGGUGUUAAGAUCUUUCCAGAGGUCGACCUUUUUGCAUGGUUUUCUAUUGUUUCUAUUAACAGUUUAAGUGGAUCCCUCGCCCCCUUUAUUAUUAUUUUUUCUUUACACGUGUUUAUUUAAUUAGUUAUUUAUAUUUUCUUCUAUUUUGACAAAGACGGCAAGGCUCACACAAAUUGUUUAAAGGGAAAAAAAAAAGCUGACCUUUAGGUGAAAAAUAUAUUAUUUACAUGCGAAAAAUGUAGCGCUAUAUAGUGGUACACAAAACAACACCAAAGGAGAAGAAAACCGCUUCUAUGACUUUGUUCUAGAAGCUUGUAACAAAGUGGAGUUUAAAAAGAAAAGAAUCUUAAAUCGAAGUGCGGAGUUUUUUUUUUUUUUUUCUUUUUCUCCUGCGUGUACACUACACUGAUGUAUGUGUGUGUGUAAAACCGAGUAAAGGUUUAAGAGCGGUGAGCGGAUGAUGAUGAGGAACGAGACGGCGACUGACGAAUGUUCUGUGAAGUUGCAGAGAAAAACUUUCAAUCGUGACCUGGUGGCUCUCUUCACUAUCCGAUGUGAAACUUUAUAGUGUAUAUGUAUAUAUAGUUAGAUGAGUAUGUGCUAAACGUAUAUAGAUAUAAAUAUACAUUUAAUACAAAUUCGUGUUGUCCACCUCUUGGUGUAAUGCAUGAUCAGCGUCGGGGACGCAUACUAGCGUCCGUGAGUAUUUUGGUCAAGCUGAGUUUUUCUUUUCUUUUGGAAAGCUUGUUGUGUUUGCUAAAUAUGGAUAUCUUUUAUUAAGGUCGUGCCUGAACCUCAAUUUUCCUGAGCUGUGCUGUUACUUACCAGGAUUGGUAGAUUAUUUUGAUCCAAAAAUAAAUAAAUAAAUAAAUAGAUAGAUAAAUAAACUGAGAGGUUCAGGCUUUUUUUUUCUGAUUUGUUUACAUUUUCAUGCCAAUUCCUUUUGUAUUAACUAACAGUCGUAAGGUUUGUGUAUACAGUAUAUAUCAGUAUACAGAGUACUUCAUUGUUCUGGUGAGUUACAGCAUCCCAUAAAAAAAAAGGCAGAAUUGAGGUUGAGGUCACAAAAACAAUUUGCAAUGGAGUAAAAAGGCGACUUGUUAAAGUGCUGGUGAAAUCUUUUGCUCGUGUUCUUUGCCUUUCGUGGUUCAGCUCUUAUGUUCGUAGUGCAUGGAAAUGUUCGCUGUUUUCCAAAAUACAUGGCAUCUAGCAUUCUUUCCCAUUUUACACCGAGGUUUACAGUUUCGCGGUUCUACUCAUCCUUGCUCAACAAGCGGGGAAAAUCCACCCUGAACGAUUUCAUCAAUUAAGUUUUUAAAUUCCUGUCUAGAACGCGUCAAUUUUAAGGUAACAGGAGUUAAACCUCAGCCUCAAGAGACUGAUGCAGCGGCGCUUUAGCCCUUUAGUGUGUACGUGUCUUGUUUUGCACAAAAAAAGCUAAGCUUUCGGAUGCUCAUUUCACUGAGAGUCUCUCCAUUUUGUCUACCUCUCCAUUCGAGUUCUCAUUAAUGCGUCGUUGGACAUCACUGGAAAAUAACCAGCCUUGGGGGUGAGGUGGCUGUGUGAGUGUGUUAAUUGUCAUUGGUUUGUUUACUCACAGUGUGCAAUUAAACAAAUCAAAAGUUACCAAAAUGUGCACGUAGGGCUAAAACCGCCUUCCGCGUCAGAAAUACAACUAUAAAGAGAAAUUAAACAAAAAAUGUUUACCAGGCGUGUUUAGAACUCAUAAAAUUUAACGGGUCAACCAAUUUUUUUUGUUGUUUUCCCCCCCUCUCACGAAAGGGUUCGAUUCAAGAUUCAGAGCAUACUUAAAGUAAAAAUAACCUCAGAAGCGCUUAACACCAUUUAAAAUUUCAGGGUGGAUUUUUCUUUAAAGCAUUUGUGAAAGUUUUUGUAAGGUCGUUUUUCGGGAAAUGUUUGAAACAGUGUUUUCAGCUGUUCUGUGCCACCGUUAGAUGACAUAAGAUUGAGUUUAACGUGAAUGCUGAUAAGUUUAGGGGACUCGCUGAACCAUGUGAAACUGGACUGUACUAAUAUACACUCUUCGCUCUUGUGCUUAUUUUAUUUUUUUUUUUUAAUUCAGAAAGGGGUAGGGGAGUUGGUGUUACUGCUUGACCAGGUUGACUCUUGGUGGAAGGGUUAAGGGGGUUCAGUGGCUCAUGAUACAGAAAGAAAUAAAAGAUUUGAUUAAAAAACAGCAAAUGCACUCCUUUUCACAAAAGUGCCAAUCAGACCAGCGAAGACUGGUGGCUGAUGAUGUUUAUCGAUUAGUCUGAUUACAAUUAUUAUUUUUUUUCCUCAUUUCUUUAUUUACUUGAAUGUGCACGUAUCGUGCAGAUGUUGCUGCUCUGUUCUUUUUCAUAUCUUAUAGUAAUCACAGUAAGCGGUUACAUUGUCUCUAGGAGUUUCUGUAGACGUGACGGUCUGCUGUUCGUACACCAAAUUGGUAAAUAAAAAAAUAAUAAUAAUGAAAAAAAAUAUAAAAUUAAAUUCUAAUUUAAUUUAAAUUAUGCUGGACUAAAUUUUUUUUUAAUCAAAGUUUUGUUUGCUUGUUUAUGCUUUGAUUUCAUAUUAAAAAAGUACCCUUUCAUACAGAGAUCUAAAUAUCAUAGGAGAAAUGUCUUUUUUUUUUUUUCACUUUUUUUCUUUUUUUUUUUCCUGCAGUGCUAUGUUUUAUGAUGUUGCUUGCAUUUCUACAGUUUCAAUAUCUAGAAUUCUACAGCAGUGUGUACGCAAUCAGGUCUUUACCGGCAAUCGCUGAAAAUUCGAUCCGAUCCGAACAGGUUUAACUUUCAGGGAAGGAACGCAGGUAAAAGCGACCGUAAAAAAAAAAUAAAAAUCCGUCACGUGCAGGGAUUAUACCGAGCUUCAGUUCAGGUUGAAGCGCGUCCUUUUAGAGAGAUUAUCAGAUCAGGGCUUCGGGAGAAAAAAAAAAUCAAAUGCGAGUAGCAUUUCAGUCAGAAAAUUAUGCAGACCUGUCGUGGACACGUUGGUUACAUCGGCACAAUUUCCUGAUGCUCUCCCUGAUUAAACACUGACUUCCAAGAAGUGCAAAAACAAGAAAAAUAAAUAAUUUGCUAAAGGCCACAUAUGUACAGUCGAGGCUUUUCUGGUCUUCCGUCCUAGAUCUUGUAGAUGAUUAUAUCGUUGAGACUUUUUGUCUCCUCCAAAUCUAAAGCCUAAUGCUUGGCUCUAUUGUCAAAAAUAAGUUAAUAAAAAAAAUUAUUUAAAAAAAACAAAAUAAAAGGCAAACUCGUAUGUUUACAAUGCUACAUGUUUAUUCCUAUUAAACUGUCAAUCCAUUUAUCUUUCCCUGGUGGAGUUUUGUGUCCUGGUUUUGUGAUUUCCUUUCCUUUUACUUUUUUUUUUAUGUAUUUAUAAAUCUGUUUUUCCUCCUCCUACUCCAACUGUUCCCCCAUCUCAUACUGUGACUGACUUGACUUUACCGACCGUAUGAAUGAGUGACAUACAUAAAAUAAAAAAACCAUAAACAUGUACAUUUAACAAUACUGUACAAAUGUUUUAAAGAGAUUUAAAAGAUUUGUUCAGAAUGCAGAUAACAUGCAAAUAAAAAUAAAUAAAUAAAGGAAAAAUAA